GCCCCCGCCAGGCGCCAGCUUCCAAGUCCAAAUCCUGCAUUCCUCCUGCUCGUUCGUUCCCAGCUUCCUCCACUCCAAUCUGCAGUGCAGUUGCAGAUUCGCAGUCAACUAGCUCCUCUCCGGCUCCAGGAAGGGAGGGAGAGGUAGCCAUGGACGACGCAGAGAGAUCCCUGCAGCUGCAGGCGCCGGAGAGCUCCGUCGACUGGCGCGGCCGGCCGUGCCACCAGCAACGCCACGGCGGGAUGCGCGCCGCCGUCUUCAUCCUAGUGUUCCAGGCGUCGCAGACGGCGGCGCUGGCGGCGGUGGGGAGCAACCUCAUCACCUUCGUCUUCGGCGAGCUGCACUUCCCGCUGUCGCAGGCCGCCAACGUGGUCACCAACUUCGUCGGCACCGUCUUCAUCCUCUCCCCGCUCGGAGGCUUCCUCUCCGACUCCUACGCCGGAUGCUUCUGGACGCUGCUCGCAUUCGCCGCCGCCGAGCUCGCCGGCCUGGUAUUACUGGCAGUACAAGCACACCUUCCACAGCUCAAGUCGGCACCGUGCAACAUGCUGACAAUGGCGGGCAGCUGCGAGCCCGCCAGUGGGUCCAAGGCCGCCAUCUUCUUCGUGGCGCUGUACCUGGUGGCGCUCGGCACCGGCUGCGUCAUGCCCAACAUGACCACGUACGGCGGCGACCAGUUCGCCGGCGCCGCCGCGGAGAAGGAUGCCAGCAAGAGGCUCUCCACCUACUUCAACCUGUCCUACUUCGGCUACUGCGUCGCUGAGGUCGUCGCGCUCACCGCGGUGGUCUGGGCGCAGACGCGCUUCGGGAUGGCCGUCGGCUUCGGCCUCGCCGCCGCCGCCCUGGGCGCCGGCCUCGUCACCCUCGUCUCCGGCGCGGUGUUAUACCGGAACAAGCCUCCCCGGGGCAGCGUCAUCUUUACUCCUAUUGCAAGGGUUUUCGUGGCUGCAUUCAGCAAGAGGAAGCAAAUCUGCCCUUCCGGCUCCUCCAAUCCUGCCCACACUGCAGCCGGAGAUCCGGCUGUCGUCGACGGCGACGGCGACUUCCGCCACGCCAACAAGUUCAGGUUCUUGGACAAGGCGUGCAUCAGGGACGCGGCGGACACGGUGCCGGAGAGCGAGUGGCGGCUGUGCACCGCGGCGGAGGUGCAGCAGACCAAGACCCUCCUAGCGGUGCUGCCCAUCGUGGCGUGCACCAUCGUCACCAACACCGUGCUGGCGCAGCUGCAGACGUUCUCGGUGCAGCAGGGGAGCGUCAUGGACACCAGGCUAGCGCCGGGCUCCUCCUCCUCGUUCCGCAUCCCGCCGGCGUCGCUGCAGGCCAUCCCCUACGCCAUGUUGCUGGCGCUGGUCCCGGCCUACGAGCUCCUGCUCGUGCCGCUCAUGCGGAGGCUCACGGGCACGCGGUCCGGGAUCACCCCGCUCCAGCGCAUCGGCGUCGGCCUCUGCCUCGUCGCGCUGUCCAUGGCCUCCGCCGCGGCCGUCGAGCGGAGGCGCCGUGACGCCGCCUUGUCGUCCAGGCAGCUGUCCGUGCUCUGGCUCGUGCCGCAGUUCUUCGUCUUCGGCGUGUCGGAGCUGUUCACCAACGUGGGGCUCAUGGAGUUCUUCUACAAGCAGGCGGCGACCGCAGGCACGAUGCAGAUGCAGGCCUUCUUCAUGGCAUUCUUCUACUGCUCCUUCUCGUUCGGGUUCUUCCUCAGCUCCGUGCUCGUCUCGCUGGUGAACAGGGUCACGGCGAGCGGCGGCCGCCGGGGAUGGCUCGGCGACAAUGACCUUAACAAGGACAGGCUGGACCUCUUCUACUGGGUGCUCGCCGCGCUCAGCGUGCUCAAUUUCUUCUGCUACCUAUUGUGUGCCAGGUGGUAUAAUUCGGGUGCCGGCGGCUCUGAAACUGAUGAAGCUGUUGCCCCCGGCGAGAUCGCCUCUGAGGAGGAAGACGAUGACAAGGGGCUCAUCUGAAGAACACAGCAACGAGCAUGAUACUGAAAACUGAUGUAUAUGGUAAUACAGAUGUGCAAUCAUUCGACGCACAUCCCUCUUUUCUUACCCAAAAAAAAAGUAUACAAGGUCUCAUAUAUAUAAAAGAGUAGAUAUUAGCAUGCACACAAGGUUGCCGCGACAAGAGGAUAGGCUUAAGAUGUCAAUCAUGCCGCAUCGUCGUGUUACAUCUCAUCCGUGAACUAUUCACACAAACGACUACGUGGGCAUAGGUUUUUUUUUUUUUUUUUGGUUUGCAAUGCAUAGGUGUUUGAGUCUGUUUGAUCUGCACUAGAUUGUGGAAACUCGUUUGUAGCUUGUGGAAUUGUAAAAGGGUUUGUAGCUUGUGGAGUUGUAAAAUCUAAACAAAAAAAAUGGCUUGUUUGGAUCACAAGAUA